UCCACCUCCCCUGAGCUGUGAGCAUAAGCCCUAACAAUGGAAGCUUCUAUACCCGAACAAGUGCUCCAGCCCCUGCUCCUUGCAUCGAAUUCAUCAUCAUCACACUCUCUAGAAGAAUGUUUGCAGUUUCUUAUCGAAGCUUCAAAGACCGAUUCCGGCCGCUCCGAUCUCGCUUCCAAGUCCAUCAUCCCAUCGAUCCUCGCUCUCCCCCGCCUCCUCCCCUAUCCGUCUUCCCGCCAUCAUCUGAACCUCUCUCUGAAAGUCCUCCGAAACCUAUGCGCCGGAGAGACGAGUAACCAGGAGGCUUUCGUGGAUCACGGCGGCUCUCUCGUCGUCUCCGAGCUCCUGGAUUCGGCGAUCGGAGAUGCCGAGACCGUUAGGUUCGGGUUGCAGGUUCUGGCGAACGUCGUGGUGAUGGGAGAGAAGAAUCGCCAGAGAGAUGUUUGGCUUCGGUUUUUCCCGGAGAGGUUCUUGGCGGUUUCUCGGGUAAGGAGGCGGGAAACUUGUGAUCCUCUGUGUAUGGUUUUGUAUGUUUGCUUUGAUGGAACUGGAAGCAUAGCUUCACAACUUUGCAGCGAUGAAGGACUCUACAUCAUUGCUGAGACUGUACGGACUUCAUCUUCAGUUGGAUCUGUAGAGGAUUACUGGCUGAAGCUUCUGGUUUCGAGGCUCUGUGUUGAAGGAGAUUGCUUCCCUGCCCUCUUCUCCAAGUUAGGCCACAAGGACUCCACGUUUACAUUAGAACACGCUUUUCUUUUGAGGAUGGUGUCUGACAUUGCUAACGAGCGGUUGAAAGAAGUGUCUAUCCCCGAGGAUACAGCUGGUUUCGUUCUAGGGUUACUCAAGCAAUCAGUUGAAGUUUUUGAUUUUGUUUCGGGGGAGAGAUCCGAGCUUCCAACUGGUUCUACCGUUGUCGACGUAAUGGGCUACUCUCUUGUUAUAAUAAGGGACGCUUGCGCUGGAGGAACCCUUGAAGAACUUAAAAACGCCAACAGUGAUGGUGGUAAUGUCGAGAUGCUCUUGUCAACUGGACUAAUAGAGCUCCUUCUUGAUUUGCUUAGGAGACUUGACCCUCCAACAACAAUAAAGAAGGCUCUAAAUCAGAGUCCUUCUUCUGGAAAGCCUUGUCCUUACAGAGGCUUCAGGAGAGAUAUUGUGGCUGUGAUUGGGAACUGCGCGUACAGAAGGAAGGAGGUACAAGAUGAGAUAAGGGUGAGAGGUGGGCUGUUCGUGAUGCUGCAGCAGUGCGUGACAGACGAUGAAAACCCUUUCUUGAGAGAGUGGGGCUUGUGGUGCGUGAGAAACCUUCUGGAAGGGAACGAAGAGAACCAGAAAGUGGUGGCAGAGUUGGAGAUGCAGGGUUCUGUCGAUGUGCCUCAGCUUCGAGAAAUUGGUCUCAGAGUUGAGAUUGAUCCUGUAACAUCCAGGCCAAAGCUUGUCAAUGAUACCACCGGCACCUGAUGUUUUAAGUUUAGUGUUUUUUUUGCCCACCAAUGUAUCAUGAUGCUCUGUUAAAGUAAUAGCCAGGUUUGGGUUUUGGAUCAUCAAAACAAUACACGAUAAGUUGAAACAGCACCCACCUUAAUUUUA